AUGGGUUGCAAACAAGUCAAAAUUCUACCAACUCGUCGAGAGACGAAAAAUGAGCAGACACAAAUCGAACCCACUGAAGCACAAGUAACUAUCGUUCAACCUAUAUCAACAACAUCAGAAACAAAUCCAGUAGUCGUUUAUCGAAAUCCAUUAAAUGAAUUAAAACGAUUGACUAUCGUAUCUGUCGUUUCAAAUAAAUCCGAUGACUCAAUAGAAUGUCCCAAAUCGACUACACCAAAAACGCUUAAUUUGGAUAAUUGUCAUGAUACUACGAAUAGAGCUACUCCAAGCAAAUUUGGUGAGACAAGUCUAAUACCUAUUCAUUCAAACGAAGUAUUGAAAUCUCGAGAAAAUAUUUCUAGAUCUUCGACUAUGAAUUCAUAUAAAUCGAAUAUUCCUGACGAUGGUGUGACUAUAGCAUCAAAUGAACCAGCUAAAUCACCUUCAAUUUAUCGUUCUUCUUUUUCAUCGUCGGCUAAUUCAGAAAUUCGAGCACAUGGUCAAGAUGCCAUCUUAAGAUUUAUAUCUGCUAGACCAAAUAGAAUUACUAAUCAAGAAUCAACACAUCAUGGUAAUUGGAGUGAACACGAUGAAUCUUAUUCUCCUCAUGAUAGUAUUAUUAGUACUAUAUCAGCUGAUUCAGAAGGAUCAGUUGUCGAUGAACCACGCGGUACUAAAACUUUACAUAUUCAUCCAAAAAAAUCAAAUCUUCAACAAAAAAUUUUACCACAUGAUCCUUCAAGCGAUUCCGACGGAUCCGAAUUACAUCGUGUCACAGAUACUAAUUCACCAAAAGGAGAUGUCGAAUUAAUGACAAAACAUCUAAUAUGUGAUCUCAGAUCAGUAUCUGCUAAAUUGAGCAAUCCGGAAAGGCGUUCAAAAGGUGUAAUUAGUGAAACCACUACAAGUGAAUCCGAUGGAAAAUAA